GGAAGAGCGCAUGCGCAGUAACUGAACUGUCAUGAUGGGGAAGUAACUGUCAGUCGCAGAAGAGCCUGAUGAGACAUUUUCACAACUAUUUGUCUCAUUCCUAAAGUUUUGCGGUGCGAUUUUUGAACUAGAGCAAACGGCGUGAACAUGUUUUCUCGAAAGAAGAAGGAGCCGACGAAUAAAACACCUUCAGCCUCCAAAAAGAGCAACUCUGCGCAAAACCCUUGGUUGUCCAUCCUUCAGGAAUACUCUUCCAAUGACACUAUCGAUGGCCCCUGCACGCUGGCUCCUCCUGAUUCGGGCCCCUUAUCCUGCCCGGGAACACCGUCCUCCCACUCCAAGCUAACAGUGUGCAGUUCACCUGUCGGCACGCUGAAGCGGCCCUCGGGUCUCAGCCGUAACGCCAGCGCCGCCGGCUUCGGCUUCCAGACAUCAGGGACCUGGGGCUUCCAUAAGGGCUACGUGCGGGCCGCUCUCACCUACGGACAUGCGGCGGAGGCUGCGGAAACAUCGGUCAUCGAGGUGGAGGACAUUCCCUCGCUGCUGCGAGACGUCGCCCGCUUCGCAGAGGCUGUGGAGAAACUAAAGGACAUGGUGCUGGGAGAAGUGAAAGAGGAGCCACGUAGCAGUCAGGCCGUUCACGAGUGUUUAGGGGAGGUUCUGCGUGUUUUGCGGCAGGUAAUCAGCACGUACCCUCUGCUGAACACUGUGGAGACGCUCACCGCAGCAGGGACUCUUAUCUCAAAGGUCAAAGGGUUCAGUUAUGAAGGCACCACUGACGCUCAGAAGAAAGACUUUGAGAAGGCCAUUGAAACCAUUGCUGUGGCAUUCAGCAGCAAUGUUUCAGAGUUGCUGAUGGGAGAGAUUGACAGCACUACUCUUCUGUCCCUGCCGCCGACAGAAAAGAGCAGGUCAAUGGAGGACCUGUACAGGGUGUCAUCAGGUCAGGGUCCUGAAGGAGGAGGAAAAUACGACCACCAGGACUGCAUGAGUCCACAGGAAGUUGAUAUUCUCCUGCAGCGCAGUGAAGGCGGCGUGGACUCGGCUCUGAAUUAUGCCAAAUCUAUCGCCAAAUACAUGAAGGACAUCAUCAGCUACGUAGACAAGAGAAUCGCUCUCGAGAAUGAGUUUUCUAAAGGUCUUCAGAGACUCUACCAGUCCUGCAAACAAAACAUCAUUCAGGAACACAUGCCGUUGCUGUCUAUCUUCUCUCUGGCUCUCGAGCAGGACUCAGAGCAGAGCUGCGGUUUACAGCAGGCCACAAACAACAUCUACACGCACUCAUUUCUACAGCCCAUGACGCAGCGGAGGCAGGAACAUGAGAAGAAGCGCAGAGACAUUAAAGAGCAGUGGCAGAGGGCCAAGAGAAAACUGGCCGAUGCCGAGAGUAAUCUCCGUAAGGCACGUCACCUGUACGUGAGCCGCUGUGAGGAGUACGAGAGAGCUCGGACAGUGGCCAAUAAGGUGGAAGAGGAACAAAGCGGAACAGGAAGUGGCUCAACCACUAAAGCUCUGGACAAGAAGAGGCGACUAGAAGAGGAAGCACGCAACAAGGUCAGCCAGCUCAAACCAAAAGGGUCUGGCUGCAGCUGGCGCUUGCACUCUCAGACACUUGCGCUUCCGCUAGCGACAAUAUUUGAAUAUUAUGCUCCGGUUGUGUGUUUAAUGCAUCCUAUCCAGUGCACCAUCUCGUACUAUCAGACGAUGCAUGUGCAGACUGCAGCGUUGCCCGUGCAUUUCCAGACGCUCUGUGAGAGCUGCAAGCUGUACGAUCCGUGUCAGCAGUACGCUGCGCAUGUCAAAAACCUGCAGCUCCGCACUGAGCUGUCUGUACAGUACCAGUUUGAGCCGUACUCCGCGUCCAGCCACCAGCACGUUCGGACCCGUAACAACAGUCUCUGUAAUGACCAGCGGCAGAACAGCUCUGAAGCUUCGCCCACUGCAGAGGAGACGGGAUUCGGAGAAGGGACUGUGGUUAAACAAAGACGAGGUCAAGGUAGAGACCAUCAUCAAGCUCAUAAGUCCUGGCCGUCCACCCUGAGUGACACUGACAGUGUUGGUCCGGGAAGUGGACUGGGCUCCCCGACCUCUAGCACAGGGGACAUCUCAAAACCUUCAAGGCCAGUUUCUGCAGCCACCUUGUCAUCCAAUGAAGAUUUAGAGGAGCGAGAUGGUGCCGUGACCCCGUUUGAACAAAGUAUAAAUGGGAUUGAACCAGAAAGCGUGGCGCCCACUGGACCUUUCAGAAACGUGGGAUUGUCCAAAGCCGCAAAAACCCAUCGGCUGCGCAAACUGCACACGCCAUCAAAGUGCAGGGAAUGUGACAGCUAUGUUUAUUUCCAGGGCGCAGAAUGUGAGGAGUGUUUCCUGGCGUGUCAUAAGAAGUGUCUGGAGUCCCUGGCCAUCCAGUGCGGUCAUAAGAAGCUCCAGGGCCGUCUGCAGCUCUUCGGCCGUGAUUUCUCUCAGGUCCUGCAGGGCGACGUGGAGGGCGUUCCCUUCAUCAUCAAGAAGUGCAUCACAGAGACAGAGAGGAGAGCGCUCAAGAUGAAGGGAAUCUAUCGUGUGAAUGGAGUGAAGACGCGUGUGGAGAAGUUGUGCCAGGCGUUCGAGAACGGUAAAGAGCUGGUGGAGCUCUCUCAGGCGUCUCCAUACGACAUCAGCAACGUGCUGAAGCUCUACCUCAGACAGCUCCCAGAGCCCAUCAUGCCCUUCCGUAUGUAUAACGAUCUGAUGGGACUGGCCAAGGAAAGCCUGAACUCGGAGGCUGGCGAGGGCGUGAAGAGCCCAGAGCUGGUGGAUCAUGGGUCAGAAACCGAACCUGAAGUGCUGGUCUUAGUGGAGAAACUCCGUGAGCUGCUCAAGCGUUUGCCGCCUGCUAACAUCGCUACGCUCAAGUACAUCAUUCGGCACCUGCGCAGGUGAG